CAGUUUGAUGGGACAUUUUAUACACAAACACACGGCCUUGAAGUGACCAAUAUGUACGGAAAAGGCGACGAUGACGAGGAUAAUGUGCUUGCGCCUACAGAACCUCAAGUAUGCUCGACGGAUCCUGAUGAGCGGAAGGCAGCCAGAGGCCUCCGUAUCAAGCGCCGGCAGGAGGCUAUUAAAAAAGCGGAAGCACCUCCCGAGGAAGCAGCGUUGGAAGAGGAACCCGGGCUCAUUGAGCAGGCCACGGCCGCCGCGGCCGAGGAGCUCCAGCGGCUGGCGCUAGACGGGGCCGCCAAGGUCACCAACGUCAAAGUAACCACCGAUGAGCGGGAGGUCAUCCGUCGUGCGCUCUUUACCAAGAAGCAGACAAUAUCUAUGCAAAAACUGGAAGCGGAAGCUGAGGAUACCCAAGCGCGAUAUGAACUCAUCACGGAAAACUGGGAAGUCAUGUUAACUGUCAAGGAUCCCCUGGACAUUCAAGCGGCUAUGAAAGAGCAGAAGGAGAAAUGCGACUUUCUAUUGGCUCAGAAAACUAAAAUGAUUGACGAGUUAAAGAACGACCUCAAACUCAUGGACAUCGCUUAUUACGAUGAUUUAGAAAAACAAGACAAGGAUAUAAAAGAACUCUCGGACAGGAUUGAAAAGCAGGUGUCCAUAAUGCAGAGAGCUUACCAGAAGCAGCUUGCGCUUAUACAACAAGCCAUCGAGAUUGAGCGUGACGCUAUGGUCGACCACAAUAACAAGCGGUGGGAUGCUUUAUAUAGGCAACGUGAUAAGGAAGAAGUUGCUCAUAUGGAGUCUAAAUCCGAGCAGCUGGAAGAACAUAAACUAGAGAUGGAAGCUAUUAUGUGGGAUCACCAUGAAAAGUUUCGCGUUGCCAAAAUUGAGCUAGAGGUCUUGAUACAAGAACUACAAAAAGAACUCCAAAAAUUAAAAGCCGCAUGUAUCAUAAAUACGGAAAAGAUUGGGUAUACCUAUCAAGUUUUGAAAAAACGCGAAGAAGAAAAUGUAUUUGUGAGAUCGCAACAAAAACGUAAGCUUAAUAAAAUGUCCGAUGUCGCUAAUAAAUUGCGUGCGAAAAUCCGUAAAGCCGCUGAAGAUGGUGCCGUCGAAGAAAUGAAGGCAGACGCGGAAAUCAUAAAAUUAAUGCAAGCAAUGGACGAUUUGGAAAAGAAAUCUUAUCAAUUUUCUCAUGUUAACAAUUACAAAUUUAGUCAGAUUUGGCGCAUGUCUAUGGCGCGAUGUACAGAACUGGCUAAACAGUUGAGACUGGCGGAAGUUGCUUUACACGCUCAUAUUUUAUCAGAGCCACCGCCUCCGCCACCGCCACCUCUUCCGAAGAACCCUCUCUGGAAAUACGAACAUGAAGCAUCCAGUGAAUCCCAAGCAGUAGCGGUCGCUGAAGAGGAACCAGUAGAUCCUAAGGAUAUGGUAGCUAAAACAGCAAAAGAUAAAUUGGUACGACACAUCCUUCAAUUGGUCGCUGAUAACACGGGAUUUCUAGUAGAAGAUCGUUUACUAAAACUUAUAGAAAAAUAUCAGCUUACAUCAAGAAACUUAUGCACUUUAGAUUCCAUUUUUAUGGCUCUUGAAAUUCAAGCCGAGGAAGAUGUUGAGUUACUGUGCAAAGUCUUUUUGAAUUACGCUUUUUGUCCCGUUUGUGUUGAGACGGAUAACGAAUCGGAAUCCAUAGAACAAUCUUCUAUUCCUGACGAUGUCGCAUCACGUCACACAGUCCCCAGAUCAGUUCGAGGUGAUAGGUCCUCAGUCCGGGCACGAUCUAGUGUGGCAAAAAGUGUUUCAGCGAGUUCUCGAUCAAUCCACGUAGGAUUUAGAGGCCAGGAAUUAUCACCGUCAGACGUACAACUAAUGACAGAAGCUGAUGAAAUCAUACAAAAAUGCGGAGAACUGAGUGUGGGCACAGCGGGUACUGGCGCGAUCACGGAAUCAGGAGUUUCAGCAAGUCAGCGGCGACCGCACGCGCGAGGUGUCACGGUCACCUCCCAACUCUCACUCGCUAAGAGCAUCAAGGCCGUCAAUACAUUCCUUUGCCCAUUGGGGCACUACUUAGAAAUUGAACCAAUGCAGGUACUUACAGCCUUAGGAGAGUUUGUCUCGGUAUUCGUUCCUCCGGAGAAAAGGCGACUUUAUGAUAUACUGUAA